AUGACAGCGAAAGAGUUUGGGAUCAACCAUGCUCUAUUCGGGGUCGAGGAUUACAAGACCUACGUCAAGAAACGUGCUGCAUUUGGGAAUGCGUUUUCUCGAACAAAGCUUUCCAAGAUACAGGACCAAAUUAACGAAGAGAUCCAAAAAGGAUGCAUUUGGGUUAAGGAUAAUAGCAAGGAUGGGGGUCCUGUUGAUCUGGCCUCAUUGCCUCAAGAGGAAAAGGAAAAGAGCCCUCUCACUCAACAAGCUGUGGCUAUCUGGAGUGGGGGAUGGGACACGGUCGGAUUUGUGCUGACCAUGGCGGCAUACCAAUUACUCCAGAAUCCACAAGUUGAGCAGCGCCUUUACGAGGAACUCAGAAAGGCCUGGAAAGACCCUAAUGAAUCCCCCGAGAUCACAACUUUGGAGGGCCUGCCAUACCUUACUGCUGUAGUCAAGGAAACGUUUCGUCUAUCUCCUGGUGCGCUCUGCCGCCUGAGUCGCGUCAACCCUAGCGGCAUCGAACAAUAUGGCGAUUGGGAAAUUCCCCCGGGCACAAUUAUCAGCAUGUCUAUUCCGGAUGUUCUCUCGGAUAAGGCAAUCUGGGGGUCUGAUGCUUCUGUUUUCAAGCCCGAAAGAUGGCUCAGUGGAAGUGCGGACCUCGACAGAUACCUAGUGACUUUCAGCAAAGGAACGCGAGUUUGUCCAGGAAUUGAGUUGGCAUGGAUCGAGACCCGGCUUGUUAUUGCUAGCCUUUUCCGAAGGUACGAGAUGAGCAUCGCACCAGAGGCCGGCAUAUCUGAUGAUGAUAUCAUGCCGUAUUACGAGGGGUUCACGCCUGCAGUCAAGAAUCGGAUAUCGCGACUGCCGGUCAGCGUGAAGCCUAGACAUUAG